UUUGACGUUUUCGAAUGGAAACUGUCAAUGUUCAAACAUGAAUCUAGAAUCUGUUUUGGGGACUUUAGAGACAACUGGUUAUGUUGGCCAUGUUAUAUGUACUGAAGAGGCAAUGGUACUUCACAAUUCCUUGUUGAUUCUUCAAAAUGAAAACCAUUUUCGGAACACGUUUUUCUGGGGGCGAAUUUCAGGAGUAGAACGUGAUUACUACAUAGCCUUCGGCUAUGUCACAGAUGCUCUAAAAGGUAGAGUUUACUAUUACAGUAGAGACUGUGUCAAUUGGGGGCUUUUACCAAACCCAACACAGCAUGCCAAAAAAGUGACACCAUUUUGUAACACGAAAUUUCAAGGAGAUCCGGCUUUAGUGAUUGACAUUAUGAUAGAAAGAGAAGAAACAACAUGGGAUACCCCUCUAUACAAACCGGAAAUCAAGAAACUGAAAGAAGAAGAUAGAUUGGCAGCAACUGUCCAUAUGAUAACGAAUGAGGCUGCUCUGGUGCCACGUGGUGCUUUAUUCACUAAGCCCGAUGGUGUAGUGGUGGAAAAUAUUAGUUUUGAAGGUUUGACUCUGUUGGAUUCACGAGAACUGAGUUCUUAUCAGCACUAUAGAAUGCCUACGAGGAAAUGGAAUACGAAUUUGUUGACUCGAGAUGAUUAUAACUAUGCCACGGAUUUCUUAGAUCCUUUAGAUAUAGACAUACCGGAAGGUUGUUGGCAGAUACAGAUUUUGGCUGGAGAUACUAUAGCUAUAAUCAAGUCAUUGUUUUGGCCUGGCUUGUAUGCCUACCAUGUGGUAGAAACGCCGAAAUAUGGAUUUGUAUAUUUUGGAUCAGGAAAAAAAUGUUUAGAUACAGCUUUUAUGCUUUUACCUUCCUCUUAAUAUGAAUGAAAGGAGAUUAUUAUAAGAGUACAUUGUUA